AUGGAGGCGAAGGCAGAUAUCAUAAAGUACCGUCAACAGCAGCUACCUAGUGGGGGGAUGCUCACCCUAAAUCAGCUAUAUUCAAUGUUCAUGGAGCAAGGCAACACUUUUGUUGACAGAAGUCUCGAAUUGUGUAUUCGUGAGGGCCUUGUUAAAAAGUUUGUGAUCACAAAUGCGCUGCCAGUGGUGCUGAGGACAGGCAAAGGUGGUCAUAAUGCAAAGGUCACGUAUGGCUAUGAGAACAUGGAAGUAGUGGUCAAGACGGAGCAUUACUUGUCUGUAAUAGAAGAGAUGGCGGAGAACGCGGACAGCUUUACUUCAACUGCACUACAUCAUUUCCGAGAUUUCGUCAAAUCUCACUCUGAAUCCUUGUCCAUUUCUACAGCAGAUAUAGCUGCUGACGAACUUUCAGCAUUAGUCAAGACAGGUGUGGUCACACUCACAUCAAACCACCAUAACGAGAUCAAUGUUCACCAAUACUCUUUGGCGUAUCCUCGAUGCGGAACAUUUCUAAAAAUGAUAAACUCAGGCCGUGUUUGGCUCGUCAAGACGCUUAGCAAAAGCAAGUUUAAGGAAUUACUAGAAGAGCAGUUGUUUGAAAAAUGGGAAGGUAAGAAUAGAGCAAACUUUCGCAAACCAUUUUACGGUUAUGAUUUAAUGUGGAUUUUGGCAGACAGUUUGGGUGCUGGAGUGGCAGAGGUAUUUAUGACCCCAGUCGGGAGGGGAUGGCGACUUACGGGAAAAAUCUAG